UCCUUCAUGUGACCAAUUAAUUACUUUCUUUCUUUUGCAUGUAUUUAUAGCCAUCCACUUUCUCCUUCCUCCACCACCCCCAACUUCCAACACUCUCUUAUCUGAAUCUCUCUUUAUAUUUCUCUCUGAUAUUAUGAAGCAAAACUUCUAUUUUUCUGCUCUUAUAAUCCUCCUGAUCCUUGUUACUUUCUCCUCAAACACAUUUGCCCGUUUGAUUCUGCAGAAACGAGGACUGGAGGAGGUGAAGGUGAAGGAAAUUGCCACUGAAGUUUCCAGUGAACAGAUGGAGAAUCUAAUGGGAAUAGAGGCAUGUGAGAAUGGAGAUGAAGAAUGUUUGAAGAGAAGACUAAUUUCAGAGGCUCACUUGGACUACAUUUACACCCAGAAGCUUAAGCCUUAAAACUUCCAUUUCUUCUUCAAGUUCCAUCGGCUUCUUCUAUUCUACGUAUUGCUGUUCCUUUAUGCAAUAUAUCUGUUCUCUCAAUAUUCUUCUCAACCCACAAUUAAUUUUGGUCUACUUUUCUCCUGUGAUAUAAUGUAUCACUAUUUCUAUCCAGAUGUUGUGUGUGUGUGUUUGCAUGAGUGUAGAAAAUUAUAGCAGAAGUAAUACUAAAUUAUCAGAGCCUUCUGCUGAAAGUUCUGAAAUCUUGGUAGGUGAUGAAAUCGGGCUUAGGAAUUAAGGCAUAUUAAUAGACAGUUGGAAGUUAUGUUCAGACUCAUCAGUGAAUUUAGUGACAGAUUUCAGCUGCUUGCAUUUA